AUGGGUCGCUCUAAUACUCUUCCCACAACUCGUCCCUACGACCAAGAAAAGAGUCGAAUAAAACCCAGCAAUAGAAGCGCAACAACGACGUUUGACGACUCGACUCGGUCCUCAAAACACCACAUCCACCUCCCACACGUUCAUAUCCCCUUCACAGCACACAAUGACCACCAUAAACCUCCUCAAACCAGCGCGCCGUCGCGCCCUACUGGCGGCCUCAACCGCCAAAAUAGUGUGCAGACUCGGUACAUGAACAUGUUACUGGCGAUGGACACUAUCCCGAGGAUGCACAACAUCUUCGCUGCGUUCUUCACCUGGAUCCUCCUAGCAGGAUUCGUUGUACUACCGGGUACCUUCACAUCACUUCAAAAAAUCGAAGACAAGCCCGAAGUGUCGUCCUCUGAAACAGCGUCCGCGAUCCUCCAGACAGUCAAAAACAUCCCUUUGCUCGUGAUCGCCGGGUCUUGCUGUGGAAUAGGCGCCCUCGGAAUGGUCUGGCUAUGGUUCAAAUGGCGCUCAAACUACGUCUGGCUACUCAACCGCAUCUUCCUACCAGGUUGUUUGAACAGCUUGGCGGGGUUGAUUUCCUCGUUGAUCAAUGUGUAUACGCAGCAGGAUGGCGCGUGGAGCGUUACGGCGAAGGUUACGGCUAUUACGACGGGGUCGAGUAUGGUUGUUACGGGGGUGUUGUUUGGGUUGUAUAAUUUUUGGAUUUUGGAGAAGGUUAAGAGGAGGCAUGGGAGGGAGAUGGAGGCUGUUAAUGGUGGGGAGGAGGGCCUGGUGGAGAAGAUUGGGAAGAAGAUGCAUGAGCCGGCAUUGGAGCCGGGGAGUGUUGUUUGA